GACGGGGCCUCCCCGUCCUCCUCGACGACGGCCAACGCGACUGCACGCUACUACGCGGCCUGGCUGAUCUUUGUGCAAAAAAGCAACAUUCCCGCCAACAUCGCAUCGGGAUCCACAUCGAGAUGAUAGUCUUUGAAAGGGUUGACGUCGCCGACGUCCGCACAGACGGGCUUUGCGCAGGGCAGCGCGAUGGAUGGGGCACCAGUGGCAUCGUCGUCCUCAGCAGCGGUGCCGAUGCCGCCUGAACUCGAACAGACAUUAACCGUGCUCUCCUCACACCGAUCGGUCCUGGGCUACAUGCUCCUCACGCGUAGCCAUCCCAUCACGAUCAUCCGACAUUCGGGUGUCGUCUUCGAAGGCGAGCAAGGGCGGAAAUACGCGAGCGCAGUUGGGCGGAUCGUCGAUAGCGUGCAUCGGGGGCUGGAGGAGGUCAGCAGCGACCAGUCAGAGCCGGAUGAUAUGCGGUUUAUGCGAAUCCGCACGAAACGGCACGAAAUCAUGAUCUCGCCCGGUACGUCACGCGCACCUACUGGACCUGACUCCCGCGAACGCCGCGUCUCAUGGUUUGCGUUGCAGACGAGCGGUACCUUCUCGCAGUGCUCCACGACCCUGCAUCAUGAAGGCUACUACUUACUGGUACGGUGCGAUAACGUUCAGUUUGUGUGGUCGACUUCUAGUGUAUUGUGUACGUUUUGGCUUGAUACCCUGCCCUCCUUCGUUCGGUGCGCCGUCGCGUGACCAGGGGUUGUAGUCGCCGUCGUUCAAGCGUGGUCCAGAAGGGUGUGAUACAUGCAUCCGCCUCCUAUAUGCCACUGGGCAGGGCUGAUGUGGCGCAAGGCCUUGCUCGGUGUGACUGUCGUUGCGAUAGGCGAGGAGAAAUAUUGCGAUCAUGCGCCACAUGGAAUGGGACCGGGGACUGGUGUGUCCCUGUUUCCCUCGCCGAAGCCGCCGCCCUGCUCAAAUCGUGAUCUAAAGGGCGGCGCGCCCUGACUCUGUCUGACUGGGGCGUGUCGGGCGCACCGAACGUGGGCAGUCUCAAAUAGAGGCAUGUUGACUGAGCCUGA